AAUUGAUGCCUGGAUAAAUCGAUUCCUAACCCUAAGCCAUUCGAGAAGUCCAGCGUUCAACUCGUCACUCAGUCCCCGACUUCAUCAUGAUGACCGUCACCCAAAACAACGUCUACGUCCACUCCAGUCCUCCAAAAGCCAUUUCCGGUCAGGGGGCGGCGAUCCGAUCAUGGGUCCGUUCCGGAGACCUGGACAAACUCGAAUCAGUAAUUUUGGAGGGACAAGGAGCGCGAUUGUUGGGUUUGAUGGAGUCAUCGAAUGACCCCAAAGUGAGAGCGUUUCUUAAAUCGGUGCCAAGCUAUAUGGCGAAAGUGGACUUGAUCCAUGACGCAGUUACUCGAGGAUCCCUCCGCGAAACACAGUCGCUGCUGGACAAGCGGAAAUUAGCCGUCGCCCGAGACGCGGUUGGUCGAGGUCUAGCCCACAAAGCGGUACUUUACGGUCACAAAAGCCUGCUGGACUGGUUGGGCAGGAAAUUCCCAGAAGUCGUGCAUCUAAGAGACAAUGAAGGCCGAACCCCCCUCCACUAUACUGCCUCGUCGCACACAAAUUCGUCCACGCCAGACUUGUACCCACUCCUCCUCACGCUCGGUGCGUCGCCAGACAUUCCAGACCUACACGGGAAAAAACCUCCUUACUACCAAGCCCACCCGGAAGACUUGGAUAUCGAGUCCCCCUUCAACAAUCAGCGUUCCUUAUCCAGAAAUAAAACCUUAUCGCGUCGAAUUUCACCCACCACGCCCAACAAGUAUCAAAGCAAUGCAUACAUCCCACCCCCAAAUUCUGUUACACGGGCUCAAAUUAGAAUCUGGAUUCAUGAACGGGAUAUCAAAAAAUUGGAGCAGAUCGUGUGGGCCGGUCAGGGAGACAAGUUGCUUCUCGAGACGACAAAUAAUUCGAAAGUGAGACGAUUUUUGGACAAUGUGCCACAUUUGCUGGGCCUCAACAAGGAUAUUCAUGCCGCCUGUGUGGCGGGUGAUGUGGGGCGCGUGAAGGCGUUGAGGGAGAGAGCGCGAGGGGUGGAAGAGGUGUUCAUGGCGAAAGAUCAGUAUGGCGUUACUGGAGUGAUGAAGGCCACCCACCUCGGCCACCGCCCCCUCUUGGAAUACUUCGCCUACGAAUUCCCCAAGGAACUAAAAUCCGCCCGCGACUCGAUGGGUCGGAGUGUCCUCGACUACGCCACGACACCCUCGAUGGCCUCCUUCUUGACCAAAAUGCUGGACGAAGUUCCCACAAAUUCGAACGAAUUGAGCGACCUAGAAAUCCGUCGUCUCCGCCACCUCCCCGAUGCACCUCGCGUUGUGGGCGAGCUGGGCGAAUGGGAUCGCGGCGGCAGUGGCGCAGGACACGAAUGGGGAAAAUCAUCCAUUAAGCGAAAACAGUCCAGCGGCGAGGAGGAAUUCGGCGGGAGUCCGAUCGAGGAUCGCAUCCCGAGCGGGAGAGAUACCAGCGUGGGCGGUGGCGGGACGAAGUAUCGAAGGGCCGGGGUCACCAGUAAUGGCGGUGGUGGAGGCGGGGGUCCCGCCAGUUUACGGGGGGAUGACGACGAAAAAGUCGAAAUUGUCGAUGUUGGCGAUCAAUACGUCGUCGAUGAGGAACUAGUCGGAGAAAAGUACGAACUAGGAAAUGUCGUCUUGGAGGGGAUGGACUUUGAAGUGGACGACGACGACGAAGGCGACGGUCGCGCGAGCGGGCGGGGCGGGAAUGAUGACGAAUUGGAGAAGGAACUCGAACGAAUCACGGGGGAGGAGCAGGAGGAGGAGUUGGUCGAAAAAGGGGAAGUUCUCAGGGAAGAAAUGGAGGCGGAAAUGGCGCAAAAAGAGGAGGAGGAGAAUGUCGAGGCGGAAUUGAUGGAAAGUAUGGACCAGUCAAGGAUCACUUCGCCGAUGAAGGAACCAAUCAAAACGCCGGAGGUGGAGGUGGAGCCAGAAGAGGAGCAAAUAACGGAUCAAACUCCGCCCCCAAGAACGCCAACGCCACGCUUGGCGACGCCACAAGUUCCGCCAAGGAGCCCGACACCGGUGGAGAAUGAUGCGGCGAAAGAAUUACCACCGCUUCCGGACGUCGUCACGGCGGAGGAUGUCGAUCAGUUGAUUCAAGAUGGAAAUAUGGAAUCUUUGGUAACUUUGGUGUUGGAUGGGAAGGGUUCCCUCCUUGUAAACCGGACCCCGACCUCGUCCAUGCACCCGGAAGUGGCAGAAUUCUUGACUAACGUGCCAGCAUACAUGGCGAAGAUUGCAUCCAUCCAUUCCGCCGCGAAUAAUGGAAACUUACGCGACCUACAAUCUCUCCUGGAUCGGAAACGAUUAGCACAGGCGAGAGAUGAGAGAGGAAGAGUGGCCCUCCACAUGGCCGUUUUGGGCGGUCAUGCUGGCGUGGUGCGAUAUCUGAUCGGAAACUAUCAAGGAACCGAUAUCCCCGAUAAUUCGGGUAGAACGCCGCUCCAUUACGCCGCCACUCUCCCCGAUCAUGGCACCAUGUAUAAAAUACUGAUCCAAUCCGGGGCAGAUCCUAACAUCAAAGAUAUCAAUGAUAACCCACCUGGGGUCUACCUCCGUCGCAAGGAUCUCCUCACCCGCGAAGAACUAAUGGAUCCCGUCAACGGAUCCUCAAAACCGAAAACACCCGCCGAAGUCAACACCUGGGAACGUCCCCCCUCCCCACAACCGGAAGACGGGGGACACGACGACGACCCCGCACAAGGUAAAUCCCUCUACCUAAAAACCACCCAGAGCAUUUCGUCCCCCGCCGAUUUAGAACUGGAUCUCGCCCAACUCCAACUGCUGGACGCGUUUUAUAACCAAAUCCACCAACAGGAGAGCUCCAUCUGGGUAAAAACUUGGCGAAAACUGAGAAAAAGCGGGAACGAUCAGGCGCGAAUUUAUAUCCGGAAAUAUCUCCCGUUUCCCCUGUAUGAAGAGAUUAAGGGGCGCUCUACCCCGCGAUUUGGCGCUACGUUGUUAGAUUGUAUCAAAUUCUACCCGCAAUAUUUCCUCAUUGCGCCGGACCCGCAUUGCUACUGGGUUUUUAGGGAGUUGUUCCUCCCCGUGGUGCGAGAUGGGGGUGGGGGUUCUGCUGGCGGCGGGGGGAAUUUGGUGGCGGAAUGCGGGAUCAAAAAGGGGAUGCAGGUUGACAUUAAAAAUGUCGAUAUAGCCGCCAAGUUUGUGCGGGAGGUUCGAAUUAGGCUGAGUCGAAAUUUGAGGCCGUACCCGUUCGUGAGUUUGUUGAGGAGGGAGGGAUUAGAAGAGAUUAGUGGGAAAGUGGAGAAGGUUUUUGGGGAAAAGUUGGCAAAUUGGGAACGCGUAGAUUAUGAGAGAUUAAUGGGGGAGAAGGAAGAAAGAGAGGAGAGAGAGGGGGGCGGGAGGGGGGUGUGGCCGGGGAUUGUAGAGGCAACAAAGAUUUCCCGUUUUUGGCCAAAAUCCCGCUACGUUUGGAUUAAUCCUGACAACUCCGCGCAAAUCUGGAUCCACGCCCAGGAUCAUAUAGAUUUCAUAGUGCGCGCCAUGUACGGCAGGGUGGGGCCGUUGUUAGUUGAAAUGAGCGAGAUUUACGACUUGAUCAGCCAAGAUUUAGAUUAUCAUUGGUCAAGUGAGGUAGGAUUCUUAACGGUUGAUCCGUUUCGAGCUGGGACGGGAAUGAAGGUAACAUUCCGUCUCCGCUUGCCCCACUUAAUGCUAAAUCGCCUCUCCCUGCUCACCCUACUUAACCAAAAUUCACUCUGCUUAAAUAAAUGGCACGGGAAAUCAAGUAAUAACUUGACCGCGACUACACCCACGGGCGAUAUCGAUCCAGAAGACUGGAUUGAGGUCGAAAAUUCAAAAACGUUCGGACUAAACGAAGUAGAAUUGGCGAAACGGGUAGUUGACGGGGUCGGCGAGGUGAUAAAAGUUGAGGAAGCCUUAUGCCGUGAACAUGACUUAAAAGCUACGGGUGGUGGGAAAAAAUGAGCUAUUGUAUUGCAUACACUAGCGGACAUUAGUUUUGAAAUUUUUUGUGAAAUUAGAAAAUAAUUUUAAGAUGUAUGUAAACCAUAACAAAAUAAGUAAAGUAAAAUUAAAGAUGAGAUUCAAAGUUAAAAAAGCGUGUGAGCGGUGCGGUCGUUUUAAUGCUUUUUGUACACAGACAGACACGCUUAUUUAACUUUGCACCUUAUUCUUUUAAUUUUAUUUUUGUUGGUUUUUUAUGCCCUCACGGGGAUGGUUGUAAACUGCGUAAACUGUGUAAAACAAAAAAAUUAUAAAUUUUACAGACAGAUAUAAUGAUGAAAAUCCAUCAUAAAAUUUAACGGAGUCCGAUUUUUAUUUCAUAAACUUCUGUAAACUAAUUUAUUUAAAAAGCUUACACAGUUUACAAGGUUCACGAAAGUCACCAUGAAUUACUUCAAUGUUUUACAUCUAGGCGUAAACUGUAUAAAAUCAAAAAAUUGACACAGAAUUUUACGGUUUCUCAAUUUCGUAAAAUUGUGUCUAGCCAAACGGCUUACGAAAUUUGUACAGUUUCCUGCAUUACAAAUAUCGGAGUGAACUGCAUGUUUCACAUUAAAUUGUAACUGCGUAAAUUGUACACAAUCCAAAAAAAAAAACAUACGAGUAUGAAACAUUCAGAGGAAAGUUUUUUUCCGAUUUUGUAAAAAUUACCUCUCAAUUUUCAUAACCAAAUUUUUCCAAAAUUUACGAAACGCAUACAGUUUACCGGGUUACAACCAUUGAAGUGAAUCGCCUCCUUGUUUUCCAUCUAGACGAAGACCCGGCCGCCGAAGAAGAAGAAAUCAACGACGAGGACGGCGACCUUGACGCGGAAGUA